GUUCUUUAUUUACACAGCUUUGUAAUUUCAGGUACAAUGAGUUUAAGAGACGCCAUCAUCAUCACAGUAUUUCUAUCGCAAUCCGUAUGCGAAGCUGGAGGAAAGGGUCUCGGCUUGACCCUCCUCCAAGGCCUCUUAUCCUCCAAUCCUCAGCUUUCAAAAAUGCUGUCUAACAAAAUAAUACAGCAGUCCAGUUUACAACGACCUUACUACAAUGCACCAAUCCUCAAUGCACAGACUACAGUUCCAGUAAUUCCCGCUUCGUCCCAAUAUGUUCCUGUUUUGCAGAAUUAUCAGAAAAGUCAGUUCAGCCAAGCGAAGGUCGAGUAUCCAGCUCAAUAUAUAUAUCAGAACGUGCAGAAAGAACCUCAAAAAGAAGUGAAAUAUGUGCAGUCUCAGCAGUACCCAGUGUCGUAUUCCACAGUUCAACAGACGACGGAAAUGUGUCCAUCGAAACCUAACCCUUUUGUGUCGCCAGCUCCAAUGGUUAACCCUUUCCUGCCAGCAGCGUCUCCUAUAUCAGCCCUCUGCCCCCCCACUUCAAGCAUACUGCCUCCAGCUAAUCCAGCUCUAGCUAGAAGCCAGUUUUUGAGAAAGAUCCCCAUUCCUCCGCCUUACAUAUAA